CUUUUCUAUUUUCAAAGAAUUGUUAAACUGCGCUCCUCGGGCUUUAAAUACUUGCUUGUGUUCUUUAUACACCGAAACCGCCCAUACCCCGGGGAACAAAGAACACACCAUCCAACAAAUCAUUGUGUGACCAUCAUCUGACAAUUGGCUUCGAAAUGACAAAAAAAAAUGCUAUUUUUGGUGGUGUUUCAGCUUUUCAUGGAAACAACGUCUAUUGUCAUAGUCGGUCAGCAGCUUCAGGCCUGGCGGUUCGGCGGCAUUGGUAUAUGAACUGGAUGCCUCGCUUUUUCCUAUACGCUCUCUUAUCUGCCAACUCAUCAUCCAUCAACAAGGCUGCAUACCGUCUCUUACCUAUACUAAAUUCUUUUGAAAUCCAAGCUGAGUGUUCCUUUCUUGCUGUCAGCUUGCUCAUGAAAAGUAUUGAUUCAGAUUUUUGCUCCCUUUCGCAUCAAUAUUUUUCAAGUAUCAUAAUGCUCGGCGAGGACCGUCCUUCUCCUCCACGCAUCAUUGUGGAUGCCUCAACACCAGAGUCCACAGAAAUGGACUACUUAUAUUCGCCGCUCUCCACUGCGUCAACACUUGUAUCACCGAGCAGCCUUCAGCUGGAAUUCCAGCUGUUAAAACGUCAUCCUUCCUUUCUUUCUGUCCUUAGACAUAUGCGCACCCCCCUCUGCCCCUUGGUAUCUGCAACUACAGGCCUUCACCACCCUCACUUCCCCACUACAAUUCUCGCCUAUCAUCUCCUCACAUCACAGCAACUUGAUGACCUUGCCCGACAUUUCCACCAGGUAUGGCCGCCAUGUUCGGCAACAUAUUAUUAUCCGGUCAGUUUUCCUGCGUGGCUGGGCACGGAUCACGAAACUACGGUUGACAUCCAUACCAAACGACGAAGAUUUGGGCGAUUUAUUGGACUUCGAGGUUGCGAAAGUCCUGUUGAGACUUCAGAUCCUGAGAUGUCUGUGAUUCAGGAAGAGACUGAGGAUGAGAUGCUCGUACGGAUGGAGAGAGAAUGGCUAGAAUGUCUCCAGCGGGCGAGCCAAGAGGAUUCUGAGAUGGCUCUUCGAUGGAAGGCUGGAGGCCAGUGACACAUGCAGCUCAUCCCAAGGGGUGGCAUUAUUUCUUUUCCACAAAGUGCGUAUAGAUAUUGUGUUUCAUGUCCUUAUCCGCAUUGCCGUUUUAUGACUGAACGUUUUUUAGUAUUCUCCAAUAGCAUCCCCAAU